AUGGUGUCCCUUAAGUUUAGACGAAGCGACGAGUCCGACAGGACCGGUGAGCAGCGCGACCGAGAGGAUGAGCGACGACACGACGAGCCGGAUGAGCGUACACGACUGCUCCCGCGCGAGCCCCCGGCCUAUCUGAGCCCCGAUGAUCCUGCUGUCUCUCCCUACAAUCUCUGGGGCAUACGAGCCCUGCGAGGCCUCUCCUCCCUCUUCCUCGCCAUUAGCUUCAUCUGGUGGACCUUUCUUCUCGUCUCCCUUUUCGUCAGUCCACCCAUGAUGCACUCGCGCGGAUCCGGAUUCUUCAGUUUCGCCUAUACCACUCUGACAACCGGAUAUCUUCUUCUCGGGCUCCUAUUCUUCGCUAUCCCGUCCAAACCCAUGUCCGUGUCCGGAAUUAUCAUCGCCAUCUUCCUCCUCAUUGACAUGAUCCUCACUCUAGCCGUCCCUCGCAUUCGGCUUGAAGAAGGCUGGGUGGGAGUUGCAUCGGUAGUCUGGGCGGCCUUCAUCUCUCUCUAUACAAUUGCUCAGAACCACUCCGUGGCUUGGGGUAAGCGGGAGGAAGAAGAGCGCCUGACAGGGCGGCCGGAAACCCGCCGUCCCCUGCGCGAAUGGGUCGCUGUUCUCAUUCAAACUGUCUUCCUGGUCAUCUUCGCCAUCAUUGUCGUCCUGUUUACCGCCACCCUGAUUCUUCGCGCCCGCGACGCAUCUCUCCCCGCUCCCGGCAAGAAAUACUACGUCAACGGCGACAGCUACCAAGUUCACCUUCACUGCGUCGGUAACACUACCCACAGUCUCCAGAAUGACAUGCCGACGAUCCUCAUUGAAGGCGGAGACUGGCCCGUCGAACAUACUCUACAGCCCUUCAUCCAUGAUGCAUACCAGUCCGGUCUCGUCCCUCGCUACUGCUACUGGGAUCGUCCCGGUUUCGGCUGGUCUGACAACGCUCCUUCCCCCUUCUCCGCCGGCAUGGCAGCAGACGCCCUAUCCGAAGCACUCGCUCUCGCCGGCGAAGAGGGUCCCUGGAUCCUCGUCUCCGCCAGCGUUGGCGGCAUCUACAGCCGCAUCUUCGCUAGUCGUCACCUGCUCGAGGUUUCCGGGAUUCUUCUUAUCGACAGUCUUCACGAAGACUACCUCAGUAACAUCGGCUCCCCCGGCCGCGGCUUCACCCUUUGGCUUCGCGGCGUCUUCUCCCCGCUGGGACUGGACCGUAUCGCCGGUGCCAUUUUCAAGGGACGCACGCGCGAAGACCGCGUCUACGGGCGCAGCUCUUACCAAACGGGGAAGGUUGUCAAGGCGAAACUACAGGAGAACCUCGUUGCUGAGUCGAUGACCUCCUCGGAGAUCCAGACUGCCAGACACGUCCAGAUGGCGGAUACGCCACUCGUGGUGAUUAGCUCAGGUGUCGAGGUGCGGAAGAGCGAGAAGUGGGCGAAGAGACAGGAGGAGUUGACGAAAAUUACGAAGAAUCUCAAGAACUUCGAUAUUGUGAAGGGUGCGCCGCACGAGGUUUGGCGGGAUGUGGAGGGGAGGAGAGUUAUUGAGAAGAGAUUGGGUGAAUUAAUUGGAAAGGAUGAGUAG